GCCCACGGAGUAGGGGUGUCGGACCGUGCAGGAGGGAGGUGUUGCUGGUGUCCGAACUAUAAAAGACUCGGGCGCCAUCGUUGGACAGUCAGUGCUAACCGCACAACUCUAACCCAAGUAGACAAUCAUGAAGGUUCUGGUGGUACUUGCCGUAGUGUUGGCGGUGGUGGCCGCGGAGGAGGCCAAGAAGGACGCCAAGAAGGAGAAGCGGGGCCUGCUGGGCCUGAGCAGCCACGGCAGCCUGGACCUGAGCGGCCACGAGUACGGCCACGAGAUCAGCCACGGCUACGGCCACGGCUACGGCCACGGCUACGGCCACGGCCUGGACCUCGGUCACGGACACGCCAUCAUUGGCGAGCCCCAGGUCAAGAGCAUCGUCAUCACCAAGGAGGUCCCCGUCGGCAUCCCCAAGCCCUACGCCGUCCCCGUCGUGAAGCACGUCCCCGUGCCCGUCAAGGUCCACGUCCCCGUGCCCGUCGACAGGCCCGUGCCCGUGCACGUCAUCAAGCCCUACCCCGUGCACGUGGACCGCCCCGUCCCCGUGCCCGUCGAGAAGCCCGUGCCCUACGCCGUCAAGGUGCCCGUCAAGGUGCCCGUCGCCGUGCCCGCGCCCUACCCCGUGGUCAAGCACGUGCCCUACACCGUGGCCGUGGAGAAGCCCGUCGCCGUGCCCUACAAGGUGCCCGUCUACAUCAAGGAGCACUCCCACGAAAGCUACGGCCACAGUUACGGCCACGGUCUCUCGCUGGACCACCACGACCUUCACGAUCUCCACUCCCACUACUAAGUCAAUACUGUAUCUCCUUCAUCUCCACCUUCUGUUGUACAAAGUGUCACCCCCAUGUCACCUCUAGAAUAAAUCUCUUUUCUACCAAA